AUGUAUCUCCUUCAAAACGGUUUCGGUAACUAUGACGUUUUCCAAAACAACUGUGAGGAUUUUGCAAUGUACUGCAAAACUGGCCUUUUGAUUCUAGACAAGCAAGGUGUUGGAACAAGCGGUCAAGCUUCUUCUGCUAUCGGUGCUCCAUUGGCCGCAAUCCUCUCUUCUCCUUUCAAAUUAUUAAUGCCAAAUCCUGUCGGUAUUGCUACGGUAACAGCAGGAAUGUACUGCGUCAGUAGAUAUGCAACUGACAUUGGUGUUAGAAGCGAUGUCAUCAAAGUCGGGGUACAAGACUUGGCCGUGAACAUGGGAUGGACUUGUUCUAAUGCGGAGGAGGAGGAGCCAAGACUUGAAAAGAUGGCUGAAGUGGAACCAAACUCUCUCAACUAUAUUCCAGAGAUUAUACCGAAGAAGAGGAAAAACAGUGAAGCAUUUGAGUUGACAGAAGAAGAGGAAAAACAGUGA